CAGCGCCCUGUGGUACUCCUCCGCGUACGGACCAGACGCGUCGUACACCUCCGGAAAAGACGACAUCAAGUCCAAAAUCAUAUCCCGCCCAUCAAGCCUCACCACGUUCCACGCGUGCGACGAACCCUCCAACUCCCCCCUCACCAACCUACUCUGAAUCCCAACCCUGUCGGCCAAGUACUUGAACAACAAACUCCUGUGUCUGCACAACCCGUACCUCAACUCCCCCACCCACACCACGUUCAACCCCGACCGACUCUUCAACCCCCUAAUCUCCGCCAACGCCAACCUCGCCAAGUUCGGCACACUCCCACCCAUAAACUCCUGCACCAACCUCGCCAACCUCAACACCAUCUCCUUCUCCCCCAACCUCUCCGCCGACAACGCCGACUGCACCCUCCUCACGUAACACUGCAAGUUCGCGUCGUUGUUCGCGUCCACCACCACCACCUCCCUCUCCGCGCCCACGUUCAAAACGUCCAAAUUCUCAAAAUCGUUGUACCGCCCAACGUCGUAAAACCCAUCCACUAUCACCUGCUCGUAGUUCACGUAAUGGCGCCUGUGGUACGCCGCCACCACCGGAGACACGAACUUCAACGCGUCGAGCCUAGACGGACUCACCCCCCCCAACUCCACCCUCUCGAACGCCGCGCUCGCCGCCACCCUCGACCCUGGCGCCUUCAAACUCAAAUUGUGCACGUCGCAAGAAAGCUGCGCCUCCAUCACCCUCUGGCACCGCUUGAAAUUUGUGUACUUUGCUGUCAAAUUCUUGGGCUGCGGCGAGUAAUACGUAAACGGAGACGCCCUGACGCGCUCCGGACUGCACGCCAUCCCCGCGGAACCGGCCUCCUCCAACCGAAUCUCCGACGAGUCGGACUGCAAAGGCAAAGCGCCACCGGAGAAGUGUACCGAACACUUUUUUUUGACAGGUGUCUGCACCUUGAGCUCUUCCACCACCAACUCCUCUCGACCAUCGCUCUCGGCGGACAAGUUCCUCUUGCCCCGAACCGGCGAGUACAGCUGGCGGUGCGGAGACUACAACCACAACGUCAGCACAACUGCGCAGCUCGCCCCCUCCCCAACCGCGCCCCAAAAACCCCCCUGGCCGAAAACGCAUACCCACUCUCCGUGACUAGAGGCCUUCACAACUUCCACGUCCAUCUAAAAAAUACCAUGCGGAAUCAACUGUCCAAGCUCUGAAACUUAAAAUGACCAAACCAAAAGACGUAAAAAGAGUACCAAUUAACGCUAGACGCCCUCUGACAGAUUCUCAGUUCAAAAAAAAAAAAAAAAACGCAUCGGACAAAAACACCAAGCGUCGUGCGACGAAAAAAAAAAAGACCGUCGAGGACCGAACGGGGCCGGACCGAGCCCCCCCGAGCGAGAGAACAGCUCCCAGCGCCAGAGCCCAGACCGAGCGCCCGUGCACUCGCCGGCUCGCGACCGCGCGCCCCGGCCCCGAGAGCGAAUCGCCGGGAAACGACGGCUCUGCCAAGCGAAAAACGGCGACCGGCGACGCCUCCCCGGAAAUCUCAGAUGUGCGCCGCUAGGGUUUCUAACGCAAAAAGUAGACGACGCGAUGAUGACAAAAACGAAACAAGAUCGGCGCAAAAAAUAUAUAAUUUGCCAGUUUUUCGUCCGACGUAUUCUCGACGCAGGCGCUCUGAUUCUAGCAAAGCAAGAAGAUGGACCCAAGCACGCUCCAGACGCCAAAAAUAAAGAGCGACAACAUGGCUCCAUGGGUAUCGAAAUAUCGACCAAAAACAAUGGAUGACAUCGUAUAUCAGGAAGAGAUUGUGGCGAUGCUAAGUCAGGCAGUGAAAAGCGGAAAUGUAUGUGUAAAUUGUACGCACAUCCCUCCCCUAUCGUGCGCCCGUAACGAGUUUGUGUGGCGAUAGACGCAACCCGUGCACAAGCGCCACACACACGCUGUGUGCGAAACAGACGGACACACGCGAGACAGAUACCCGAGAACGCGAAGAGAGGGGCACGCACUGUCUCUGCGCGUAGAGAAAGACGCGGGUUUGGACCAAGAUGCGGACUAACUCCUGGAGCGCCUGUGGACACGCACGUUGUCUGCAGCUGCCGCAUUUGUUGUUCCACGGUCCCCCAGGGGUAGGUAAGACGUCGACUAUACUCGCCGUCGCCAGGGCAGUUGUACGGGUAAGUAGGAGAGAGGGGGCCACACAAUGUGUGUGUGAGUAUGAAAGCUGUGCACGCGCGCGUACGUGCGUGAGCUGAGGCGGGUCAGGGGUGCGCGGUCGUGUGCGCACGCGCGAAACAGAAGGCGCUGAGCGACGAGCGGUCGCGUUUGCCCCCGACGCACAAAUUGGCGCGUCACCACGACGCGUGUGCACUUGUAACGCGCGAACGGCGAAUGUGUAUGCAUGUAUGUGUACAACGCGUGUUGCGUCCGUGCUUGUAUCUCACCCGUUAUUCUUUGCUCCCCGGCGGUGGGGGGAUGGGUUGCCGUCGCGCCGAAAAGUGAGGGCCGGAUGUCGGACUUCGUCAUGGAACUGAACGCGUCGGACGACAGAGGGAUAGACACUGUAAGGGAGAAAUCAAGGGGUUCGCUCGUGUGACGAUGCCGAGGUGCGUCGAAGGAGAGAAGGAUGGCAGGUGCUUUCCUUCGUUCAAGCUGAUCAUAUUAGAUGAGGCGGAUUCCAUGACGCCGGAUGCGCAGAAUGCGCUGCGUCGCAUUAUGGAGAUCCAUUCGAAGGUGACUCGGUUUUGCCUGAUAUGCAACUACGUGACGAGGAUCAUCGAACCGCUGGUAAGUCGAACGGCGCGAUUUCGGUUCAGACCACUGCGCCAGGAAGCCGUGGAAACCAGGUUGAGAGACAUAGCAAGACGAGAAGGGUUCGACUGCAAACUGCAGACAAUUCAAAAGAUAGCAGAAAUUAGUCAGGGAGACAUGCGAAGGGCCAUCACAUUUCUGCAGAGCGUCAAAAUUAUGGGUGUACAUGGACACCCCGAAGAUGUGCACGAGGCGCCUUCAGCUGACUCGUCACUCGAUGCCGACUACUUCCUUUCGGAUUUUGCGGGCAUGAUUCAGCCAUCCGUCUUGAAUGACUUCGUCAACGCCUGCAAGACGCUGCCAAACAUGUCCCAGCUCCAAAAACGCACGCACCAACUCGUGAUUCAAGGCUACUCAAUGAGUCAGCUCGCGUCGCAGCUCACCGAAAAGCUCGUCCUAGACCCCAACCUGAAGGAGUCAUCAAAGGCUCACAUCUUCAAAGAGUUGGGAAAGAUAGACAUGGCCCUCAUCGAGGGCGCAGACGACGAGUUGCAGUGCCAACGUUUGGCAUUCACUCUGAAAAAGUACCUGUAAAAAACAGUGACACAUCUCAAAUACACACACACACGCACAAACCCUUCAAGCUACAAAAAAAAGUUGCGUGCGCUUGUGUUGGACCGAGCCAUCACAGCGACGCCGCGUGCGGGAAGAAGAGGGGACGCAGUCGUGGAGGGGGUGGGGUGGCGCCCGCGGAGAAGGGGUUGAAGUGACGGAGCGGUCGGGCGACUUGCCUCGACGGCCGUCAGAGGAGAAGCGGUGUCAUAGAACGGCGGUCGCGCAGGAUUUGCGUACUAGAUUUUUUUUUUCAAUCGCGAGAGGGGCUCCGCUUUUGCGCUGAGGAGAGAGCGUUCGCUUUGCCGUUCGGUCUUGUGGCGAGGCGGCAGAGGGCGGUUCCGCUAAAACGGUGUACGAGCACUGUUCUCCUCGAGAGGCGAGUUGUCGAUCGUGAGGGAAAUAGAUAGAGAGAUGUAUGGGGGGUGGACUGAACGUCAAGUUUUUCUCGGGCGGAGUUUAGUUCAAUUGGUUCGCCCGAGCAGUCCUUUAGGGUCGAAAAGUCUUUUGGCCUCUUGCCUUGAGAGCGUUCUGGACGAAGUGUCUGAUUGGAUGUCUAUUUCGUCGAGCCAGCGGGCGUGGGGGUUGAAAAAGUCGCCUACGAAGCCGCAAGAUUGCCAGUUUCGAACGUGGGACGUCAGCAUUUCUUGGAACUGGAUGGAGGCUUGCAGCGUACUCGGAAGCGUGGUCAUGAUAUGGAGCAGGACUUGACGGGUGGGUCGGUGGUUUCGCUUGACGAACUCAAAGUGCCAUAUGACGUGGUCUAGCGGGGUGAGAGAGUCGAGGUAGUCGGAAAGCGAUGAGAGCGCUGGGGUCCGAGUUUGGAGGUGGAACUUGGCCCUGAGGACGAGCUGUUCGACCUGACACAUGGUCCUGAAGGCCUGCAGACGGUCGACGGACAAAUGAGUCAAGGAAAAGUACCCGACGUGCGGAGGGGCGGAGAAGUGAGAGAGGAACCGGACAAGGGUUUGUUGCCAGGUAAAGUCGUCGAUGGCCCCAAAUCCUGAACGAUUGUGUUCAAGAUAGGAAGUGUACCCGCGGUUGGAUCGGACCAGAUGAUUCAGGUGCGGGAGAGAGGAUUCAUUCACGCUGAUGAAUAGCACGCUAAAAGAAGGAGAAGUCGAGGUGGAUAAUAAAGGAAGAUUUGAAAAAGAGGGAUCGCAAAACAGGUAGUUGGCGUCAGCAGCAUAAAGUGUGUUUGAAUCGUUGAGAGCAUUUGUUCCUUGACGAUGACAACUAUAAUUUUUUUUUUUCUUUUGGCAACAGACAGAAUCG